AUGUCGCUUUUGAGAAUGCUAUCUAUCUAUCUAUCUAUCUAUCUAUCUAUCUAUCUAUCUAUUAGUUAUCUAUCUAUCUAUCUAUCUAUCUAUCUAUUUUUCUAUCUAUCUAUUAGUUGUGAUAAAUAUGGCAACAAGGAUGAGGACAGUAGUCCUAAUAAUGUAAAUAGUGUACAUAAUACCUCAUCUCAGAAAUAUAGACAGAUCUAUCUAUCUAUCUAUCUAUCUAUCUAUCUAUCUAUCUAUCUAUAUAUUAGUUGUGAUAAAUAUGGCAACAAAGAUGAGGACAAUAGUCCUAAUAAUAUCUAUCUAUCUAUCUAUCUAUCUAUUAGUUGUGAUAAAUAUGGCAACAAGGAUGAGGACAGUAGUCCUAAUAAUGUAAAUAGUGUACAUAAUACCUCAUCUCAGAAAUAUAGACAGAUCUAUCUAUCUAUCUAUCUAUCUAUCUAUCUAUCUAUUAGUUGUGAUAAAUAUGGCAACAAAGAUGAGGACAAUAGUCCUAAUAAUGUAAAUAGUGUACAUAAUACCUCAUCUCAGAAAUAUAGACAGAUCUAUCUAUCUAUCUAUCUAUCUAUCCAUCUAUUAGUUACAGAUCUAUCUAUCUAUCUAUCUAUCUAUCCAUCUAUUAGUUGUGAUAAAUAUGGCAACAAGGAUGAGGACAGUAGUCCUAAUAAUACAGAUCUAUCAUCUAUCUAUCUAUCUAUCUAUCCAUCUAUUAGUUGUGAUAAAUAUGGCAACAAAGAUGAGAACAAUAGUCCUAAUAAUGUAAAUAGUGUACAUAAUACCUCAUCUCAGAAAUAUAGACAGAUCUAUCUAUCUAUCUAUCUAUCCAUCUAUUAG